CUCUGCUGUCCCUUACGUUAUGCCCAGUACUCCACACACACACUGGCAGCUGGAGAGGGAAGACGUAAUGGUUUGAUUCCCUGCGCGCUCGCCAUGGUCGUCGCUGUGACAUUACUCGGCAGAAUCCUCUAACGCGAGGACGAGAUGAAGGCGGGGGCAUCGUCCAUGUGGGCGUCAUGCUGUGGGCUGCUGAACGAGGUGAUGGGAACGGGAACGGUACGGACGCAGCAGCCGGGGUUUGGAGCGGGAGCAGGGCCCUUCCGCUUCGCCCCAAGCGCAGGGUACUCCACGUACCCCCCCACCAGCUCAGGAAGCGCUGGGCAGCUGUGCAAGGCCUGCGGACUGGCCUUCUCUGUCUUCAGACGCAAGCACAUCUGCUGUGAUUGUAGGAAGAGUUUCUGCGCGCUUUGCUCGGUGCUGCAAGAAAACCUACGCUGCUGCACAACCUGCCACCUGCUGCGUGGCACAGCCUUCCAGCGGCCUCGCCUCAUGCAGCUCAGAGUCAAAGACCUGCGCCAGUACCUGCUGCUGCGCAACAUCCCCACAGACACGUGCAGGGAGAAGGAGGACCUGGUUGACCUGGUGCUCUGCCAUCAGGGGGCACGGGGGGCACGGGGCACACGGGAGACUCCAAGGCCCGUCAUGGAGGAGGACGACGACGAUGACGAUGAUGAUGAGGAGGAGGAGGAUGAUCAAGAGGAGGAUGAAGACACACAUGAUGAUGAGGAAGAUGAAGGGGGAGACGACACAGACAGUCUGCACUCGCUCCCCCACUCACAUGCAGCAUCUCCCCCAUCUGCAACUCGCUCCACCUCUGAACAGUCGGUCCUGUCUGCCUUACAGGGAGACGUGCUCAGCCCGAGUGACAGUUCAGGGACCGCCAGCCAGGAAACACCCACGGCAUCUCUCCUGAACCUGGAUCCCACUGAGAACAUCUUAGAGGUCAGCCCGGCCACGCAGAGGAGGAUCAGGGCCUCGCUGUCUGAUCUUGACAAUGAGGAGGCGAUAGAGAACCUCUCGGUCCGCCAGCUGAAAGAGAUUCUUGCCAGGAACUUCGUCAAUUACUCCGGCUGCUGCGAGAAGUGGGAGCUGCUGGAGCGAGUGCACCGACUCUACAGGGAAAACGAGCAGAACAGGAAAUCCAUGGAAAACGUGAGCAUAACUGCAGUGGUUGCAUAUCCUCCACCUCUUUGCAGCAGUGGAGUUGGAGACGGUGUCAGAGCUCAGCUGGCGGCGGAUGAAAACCUCUGUCGCAUCUGCAUGGACGCCAUCAUCGACUGUGUGCUGCUUGAAUGUGGCCACAUGGUCACCUGCACCAAAUGUGGGAAGAGGAUGAGCGAGUGUCCCAUCUGCAGGCAGUAUGUGGUGCGGGCCGUGCAUGUCUUCAAGUCUUAAGACUCGGAGCAGCCCUCAGGCGCGUGCACGUGGACCUGAGAUUGUCCCUGAGGAUGAAACGCUGUGCAUGACGUCUCACAGGGCCCGAUGCUGCAGCAGGUGGGAGCAACAUCCCGCUCUUUGGACUACACGGUUACCUCUGAUCUUACAACAAUCUGCUCCCUCCAUCCUCGUCCCACCUCACUAACUCAGACUCCGGUCCCUGCCACCCUCUGAAGUGGACCGGCAGCUGCACCGUAGCUUCUGUUGUUGUUGUCUGCCUCUCCUGUGGUCUGUUUGACACGCAGCAGAAGACCCUCGUCAUCACUACUCUGCACUGUUUAGAUUCUUCUCACAGGAGGUGAAAGGAGGCGGUCCUGGGGAUACUUGAAGAGGGUCUGCUUGUUGUUUGUGGUGACACACAGUACUGUGCAAAAAAUUUAAACCAUGUCUCCUUUCUUUUAUGGACAGAAAAUAAAUCAGACAACAAAUUAUGAUAAACUAAAGAAAAGUUGUUAAAAGCUUACUUUCUGCUACUGAAACAUAAAAAUGCAGUUCAGUAGUUGUGAAACUGAUCGAGUUGUAUCCAUUUUUAUGUUUGCUGAUGAUGUUUAGCUGUGGCGGCCAUCUUGACUGGGAUUGAUUCCAAAAGUUAGCCAGUUGUAGUUGUGUUUUCAGUGACCCCCCCACCCCCCCACCC